AUGGCCACUAAGAACAAGUUUGAUAUCCUCAACACCGACGUGUACGUCCCCUCGUCCUCGUCGCCGGAUGCCACCAAUGCCAACCGCCCGGCCAACUUCUCCAAGAAGCAGCAGCCCGCCAGCACUGCCAGCGGCGCGGAUGACAUGGCCCUGACCGAGGCCGACCAGCGCAAGCUGAAGCGCAUGCAGCAGUCCAUGGGCAAGGGCAAGAAGUCCGGCUCCUCGCGCAGCAGCGGCCACACCAGCCCCAAGGCCAAGAGCUCCCCGAGCCAGUCGCCGCCUGCGUCGCCGGCCGCCAAGCCCAUGGCCCCGGCUACUGCCAAGGCCGCCGCCCCGGCCAAGGCCGCCACCCCGGCCAAGGCCGCCACCCCGGCCAAGGCCGCCGCCCCCGCCACCAAGGGCGUCCCCGCUGGCAAGAUCGAGCUGCUGAACAACCGUGACCCCACCUCCAAGGGCGGUGUGUCCGGCUUCUUCUCGGACAUUGUCUACUCCGCCUUCCACCCCGGCAUCAACCCGAGCGUUCUGCUCCUGGUGAACAUCACCUUCGUCCUGCUGCUGUUGUCCCUGUGCUUCCUUGGCUACGUUUGGGCCUUCAACUUCCACAUCUUCUUCCUGAUCGCCAUGUCGAUCUUCCUUUGGGCCUCUCUCAUCUGGUUCCUGAGCCAGCUCCGUGGCGCUUACAUCAACGCCGAUAGCGGUAGCGCCGGCCCUGAGAAGGCCUCGGGCAAGUCGUCAGCCACCGCCAAGCCGACUGCCUCCAAGCGCAAGUGA